AAUCAGCGCAGUGCUGCGGUGCCGUUUAUCGGUGGCUAUCACGCUGCUGGCGCUGUUCGCGUUGGCGCGCGGUGAUCGCUGCUGAUGUGCUGCCCAUCGAUCGCAGCCUCGGGCCAUUUGCGUUCCUCACGUCUGACUUUUGGAGACCCAGAGACAGCAGCAAGAACAGGAGGGAUUUCGAGGAGCUAAAAGGGUUGCUUGGCACGUGGAUCCAGAAGAGAAGAUUCUGCUGAGGACUGGCUAUUGCUCCUGGUUUGAAGAGAAGUGACAUUAGUUCAACAUGAGUGUGAUGUUGGAAACCCCUGAGCUGCCGGCAGUGUUUGAUGGGGUGAAGCUUGCUGCAGUCGCUGCUGUUCUCUAUGUUAUCGUUCGCUGCUUGAAUUUAAAAAGCCCCACUGCCCCCCCUGAACUCAUCUACCAGGACUCUGCUUUGUCCCGCUUUCUGCUCAAAUCCUGCCCGCUGUUGACCAAAGAGUACAUUCCACCCUUGAUCUGGGGGAAGAGCGGGCAUAUCCAGACAGCCCUUUAUGGAAAAAUGGGGAGGGUGAGAUCACCACAUCCGUACGGACAUCGCAAGUACCUCACGAUGCCAGAUGGAGCAACAGCAACCUUUGAUCUCUUUGAGCCGCAGUCUGAGCACUGCAUUGGAGAGGAUGUCACGAUGGUAAUCUGCCCUGGGAUUGCUAACCACAGUGAGAAGCAGUAUAUCCGCACUUUUGUUGACUAUGCACAAAAAAAUGGGUACAGAUGUGCUGUCCUGAAUCACUUGGGGGCCUUACCAAAUAUUGAGCUCACUUCUCCACGAAUGUUCACAUAUGGUUGCACCUGGGAAUUUGGAGCCAUGGUGAAUUACAUCAAGAAGACCUACCCUCAGACCCAGUUGGCUGUGGUAGGCUUCAGCCUGGGUGGAAACAUCGUGUGCAAGUACCUGGGAGAGAACCAGGCCAACCAGGAGAGGGUUCUGUGCUGUGUCAGCGUGUGCCAGGGGUACAGUGCGCUCAGGGCACAGGAAACCUUCAUGCAAUGGGAUCAAUGUAGAAGAUUUUAUAACUUCCUCAUGGCAGAUAACAUGAAGAAGAUCAUCCUUUCUCACAGGCAAGUUCUUUUUGGAGAUAACAUGAAGAAGCCACAAAGCCUGUCAGAUGCUGAUCUGAGCAAACUCUAUACAGCAACAUCCCUUAUGCAGAUUGAUGACAAUGUUAUGAGGAAAUUUCAUGGCUACAGUUCCCUGAAGGAGUACUAUGAAGAAGAAAGCUGCCUGCAUUACUUGCACAGGAUCUACGUUCCUCUUCUGCUUGUUAAUGCUGCUGAUGACCCUCUUGUGCAUGAGAGCCUUCUGUCAAUUCCAAGAGCUCUUUCAGAGAAAAGAGAAAAUGUCAUGCAUGUGUUGCCCCUUCAUGGAGGCCAUCUGGGCUUUUUCGAGGGGUCUGUGCUAUUCCCAGAGCCUCUUACCUGGAUGGAUAAGCUUGUGGUGCAGUAUGCCAAUGCCAUCUGCCAGUGGGAGAAGACAAAGUCUCACUGCUCAGACACAGAGCAGGCGGUAUCUGGCCAGGAGUAAUUGACCCAAAGACUCUGGAUCACUUCAGUAUAUCUCCCCCUUUGGGAACUCUUUGUUCCCUCACCUGCUGCUUCAGGUUUCCAUUCCUUUUGAUAUUCUAUGGCUGGGGUUUGAUCACAAAGUUUCCUUAUGAAUUGGAGUUAAAACAGAGGUUAAUAUCUGGUCAGAGAAUCUUCGCUUAUGUUGUCACUUGGGUUUGUAAUUUACUGCUCUGCUUGAAGAAUUGGAUUGCUUACUGUGACUUGUUACAGGGUUAUUGAGUUGAAGACAACUUGCUUUGAUGUAACAGAAGUUUCAGAUGUCAAAAUCACUUCACCAGCUGAUCAAGAACUUGAUCUGCAGCAUUUAGUUAGAUGUAGAUGGCAGGGUACCUACGAUUCUUCUGUCCCAGUGCUAGAAAAACCCUCUACCACGCCGCAGGCCAGUCAGUGGUCCAGACUGUGUGCCACUAAAUUGUGGCUUGAAAAAAACAGGUGCUUGACUGCAAGUAGAGCACCAGCCUUGCACCAUCUCAAGGGAAUGUUUUACUUCCUAAGAGUGCAGAUACGCAAGUCUGUCAGGUGAGAAACGCUUAACUUGUCCAUGCUUCAGAUAUCUGUGGGUUGGGGCAUCUUUAUACUGGGAUUCCAGGAAGAGGAAAGCUGCAGACUGGUAAUGCCAGUUAAUGUUUCAGUGUAAACUUAUAUUCACACCAAGACCAGACCAAUCAUCUUGUCACAUUGGCUUCUUUUUAAAUGUAGUCAUAUUUUUAGUAAUGGAUUUCUUGUUUGAUACAGGACUUUUUAAAGCUGGCUCUGGCUUCCUAAUGGAAGAUUCUGGUUAAGAAUCUACAGGACCUUUUUGUGAGCUCAGUAUCUUUUAAGAAUAUUUUGUAGUAGGUACUCUGUUAGGGAUUGAACUGUGGGGGAAGAACGUAUCUAUUUAGAUUUACUCCCCUUGUAUCAGGGUAGAUCAUACCAAAAUUCUUGCCCUUAACAUUCAAAGCAUUUAAUGGUUUUCAGACACAUGACUUGCCUUACAGUUGAUGGGAAGCUGAUGGGUCUAGCCCUGUCUAAAUAAAAUGAUAUCUUUGUCUAACUACUUCCAUAUCUAUGUUAAUGCUGCAGGAUUUUACUGGCUCUUCACUUGAAUUCCUUUCACACACUCAGACAUUCUCUUCUAGUUUGCACAUGCAAAGUGAAGUGUGAUAGCUGUUUGCAGGAAAGAUGCAUGCUCACUUGUGCUUUUCCCUCCAGUGGCUUUAUGGUCUGUGCCACGACCAAUACUGAGGACUCUCAUUUAUCCCCUGGUAGGAAGGUUGCCCUGUGACAAGCUGGAGACUGAAAAUUUGUGGUGGAAAUCUUUUUUUUUUACUGUUUGUUCUGUCAAUAUUCUUGUCUCAUUAAUCCAUGCUCGGGACUUCUUUAUCACAGUGGCAGUGAAACUCUUUUCCUGUCAUGCUUCCUGCAUCAGUUAGCACUUUAUUGCUUUAGCCUUGGUUUGUGUUUCAGGCACUUUAGUGUAUAGUUUGAGUGAAACAAGCUGCAAGACUUCAGUGUGGUGAUAUGGAGGAGCAAGCCUUCUGGACUGCCUUGUCCCUGAACUUCAUUCAGUAGGUUGCAGAGGUAGGUUUUUAUUUUGAUAAAGCAAUAACUAACUAUUGUAGCAAAGGUGCAUUAUCAUAUCAGGAAAUUCCUUUCAGUUUGCCUUAGGCCAGACACCUUGGCCUGCUGCAAUGAACUGUGGCUAUCUCCUUGUUACUAAAUCCAGGUUUCUUUUUUUUUCUUCCUUAAAGGAAAGAUGCAGCCAAGUAAGGCUACUGCAGUACUUGGUCAUGCUUGUGGGUGUUCCUUCAGAGCUAUUUUAGGGCAUGAGUUAGAAAGGGUAUUCUUAGCUGAUGGAUAUCUUGUGUGUGUUGUUAUCCUUGUAUUCAUACUGCAUCUGUGUAUAUCAGUAAAAUCUGUCACACAGGAAAUGCAGAUUUUUGCUCAAGUGACUGUUCCUGUCAUUCUCACGGGAUGUGACGUAAAUAUAUUCUCACUUCAGCUGAAGUAGGGUAUAAAUAACAUUUGUAGACAUCAGAUAGAUACAGCAUCAAUUUAGGUGUGUAGGGUAUUUUUUUUCUGUCCAGUGGGUUACAACUUCAGAAAUGUUUCAGCUUUCAUAACAUACUACAUCUGUAGCUUACACAGGUCACAGCAGUCUGCCCUGAGGAGGCAAAGCUGCUCUUCCCAUGGCAAGAGGUACCAUCUCUGAAAUGCUUCACGUCCUGCCUCAGUCCAGCUUUACUGUGCUGUGAGAUGAAUAUCAACUCCAGGCAGCUUUGGCUGAAAUUCUGCCUUCCUUCACAGGACCCCAAACUUGAAGGAACAGUUCAGGUGUUGACUGAUCCAGAACAUGAAAGGUACCAGUGAGAGAGAAUUGUUUGCUUGCUUCUGUGUUGAGGUAACAGAGUGCUUUUCCACCAAGUCAUGCCAGUUCAUCUGAAAGCAGAGCUUUGUUAUGGAAAGGUUUUCCUGAAGAGCUUUUCCACCUUCCUUUUUGUAAUGGAGAUCAUCCUUGACAAACCAGGUUUUGAAACAGGGUUUUCUUGUUUCCGAGAUGGAAGAAAUUACUUCCUCAAAUGCACCUUCAUUUUGAUCCGGCUGCUAUUGCAGAUGGCCAGUCAAUCAUAAACCUUUUUAAGCACAUAUUUCCAAAAAUGAGGUAAACAUCUGGGCAGUUCUUAAUGCAGCAGGAGCUGUAGCUUUGUGGAAUCGAGAUUUUGCUUUAGGACUUUUUUCAAGAAGUGCUCUUGCUUUCUGCCCUGCAAUCCAUACCUUCAUAUUUCAGAAGUGCUGUGAAAUUUUUGAAACUUUCAACUAGAGAAGUGAUAUAGGUCUGUCCUGCUCAGUUGAUGCUUUUUGCACUUUCCACCUGCAUCCACAGCUGCUCACACCACUUGUGGUUGGACAACUAAUAGCUUGUUUGAGAAGGAAGAACUUUGGUGUAGUUGCAAAGGUUCCUGAAACUCACUAACUUGAUGUAGGUGGAAACAGUAAAAAUCUGUUCUUCCCAUCCCACCCAAUUUGAUGCUGCCUUUUCAAAGCAAUAUUCAUUUUGUCAAACUUUCAGCAGUAAUGUGAAGAUCUCAAGGAAGCAGUAGAAGAAGAGAAAGGUAAGCUGCAGUGCAUGUUACCUAAAGACGUUCAAAAAAAGAAAUCCAGUGCUAAGCUUUCCUACUGGCAGUGUUAUCCAGUGCCAGUAGAACAGAUAGGAUGGGAUUUUGUCCAAUCCUAACCUGAAUUGCUUUUCUCUCCUGAAACAAGGCAAUAGUGUUUUUGUGAUGUCAGCAAAUGGUCUCCACUUGCCCAGUGAACCCUAAAUGCAAUAUGAAUUUUUCAUCUUUGAGAUUAAAUUCUUUUUCAUCUCAUGUCAAAACAAAUGAGGUUGUCAAAGCACGUACUUCUAGAUCAUUACAGUGUAGCCUUGCAGUGCAGUUGAAGCCUCCAGCAUGGUGAAUCUGUCCUGAGCUCUGUUUAGUUCCAAAGUGAGAGUAGAAAACACAUCAGCAGUUUUCUCUCUUCCCAUCUUUGUAAGUAGCACUUGAAUAAGGACUCUCUCAAUCAGACAGCAAGUUGCAGAGCUGUUGUUUUGUUGGUGGUUAGGCUGGUCCAACCACCAUCGUAGUGUGUGGAGAGAUCUGAAGCUUCUUGGUGAGCAGCUGGGACCUGCUCAUACUGAAUACAAGGAACUUGCAGCUUCUGUUACACGAGAUCUGCCAGCAUAUCUAAUGAUCCUUUUGUUGGAAUCUAAAUGGAAGAUGUUUUCAGGUAGGUCAGCAGUGCUGUGGCUGUACUGUAAAGACACGCUUGAAUCUCCCUGCAGCCAUUUCCUGAUCACUCUUCUGCAGGUCUUUGUUCAUGAAGAUACAGGUUACAAAGACAGGGCAUUAAGCAAGGACAUUAACAACUGUUAUCUCCAGUACUGAAUUUAGCCAAGCUGCUUGUGUGUCAUUUGUCCUGGAUCUGUCACAAGUUCCUAGACUGCAGCCCUUGGACACAUGGUGCCUUGCCCUUUUUCUUUUCCCUUGACAUCAGCGUAUCUGGAGACUUCAGUAACAGCUGUGUCAGAGCUCUGGGGCUUUGCUUUCUAGUAAGGAUUUCUCAGACAGAGGCAGUGAGACAGCUCUGGCGAUGCACACUGUACCAGUGUGUGCUGACCUAAAGGACCUUUGUGGGCAGCCUACAGCCGCUGCAGUCUGUUCUAGUGCUUAAAAUAGCAGUGUAUAUAAGCAGUGGAUCAUCUUUCAGCUCUGCUCCUCAAAUUUGCCUCUGGCCGUAGAGAUUAAGUCAUAGAAGGAGGGUUAGCUUAAUAAGUGACUUUCUACCAUACAGCUCCAAAAUUCUAGUGUCUAUCAACUCUUCAGCAGCGUAGCUGAAGAUGGCUACGGCUCGAAAGAGCAGAGCAGUAACUUCAGGAAUUAACUGCCAAACAGUUCAGUCACCUGGAUUGCUUCCAAGUCGUUUUUCCUUAAGUGAUAUAAUAUCUGUCUGGAGCUCAUUGAAAUUCUUCACAGCCCUUUCCAAGGAGAUCAGAAAAGGCCCCAGUCUUGUGCUGCAUGUGUAAGGCAUGUGUUGUGAAGGGUGUCUUGUCAAGCCCCGCUCCAUGUCCUUAUUCUGGCAGGCCUGCUGGUUGGGCAGGUCCCAGAGCCACAGCGACUCAAGCAGUGUUUCCUUUGGGAUUUCUAAUCCCAGGCAAAAAGCAAACAGCUUGUCUUGGUGUGAGGGCUUCCUGAGCUUUAUCCAAGCUUAGAAUGGUUCAGAGCAACACAGACCCAAGGAAGGGCUGCCUUGCAUCUGUGCCCCUUUCAUUACUGGGAGCGUCUCUUACAGUGGCCUGGACUUCUCUCUGCUCUUGGGGAAGCUCAGACACAACUGCUGUCAAUGAGUCCAAGCAGUUGCCAGCUUUCCACGCUGCAGCAAAAGGGUUUCUGGGAUUAUCCUGAACGAUUCCAUUUUGAACACCUUGUUUUGAACACUUGAUUUUGCUGGUUAAUCAACGGACAAAAACACUGCAAUCCAGGGCAGCAUUUAUCAGGUUGCAUCUGUUGGUGUCUAACAACCUUUUCCAUGCCUGUCUGAUAACACUCUCAAAAAACUCUGGCCCUGUGUGCCCUGUGGGUAAAGACCAUGAGUCUCCUCACCUUAUGGCCUUGCCUAACCCAGGUGACUUUAAUGCCGUUGAGGAGCAGUCCCACUAGGUGGCUCUACACAAAGCCUUUCUGCUGCUGUCUGAAUGACGAGCUUGCAUCGUCUGUCACCAGACAUGCAAGAGCUUUGAUUAGAUGCAGAAUUUCUUUCUAGGAUCUCCAUUGCACCUCUGCUGAGAUGCUGACCCUUCUGAUGGCAAGUCUUUUAAAACAAAAACUGCAACAAUACAACCUGUAUUGGAUAAAACCAAACCUGACUGCUCAGCCCAACUCAGCAGCUUUCCAAAGGAGCAUGUUUUCUGACAGCUCGUCCUAUUUCCCAGUGACAGAUUGCUAGAAAUUCUUGAAAAAAUUCAUUGCAAGAGGAGCCCUUUCUCUGAAAUGCCAAACAGGAGGGUGCAUGGAGCCCUCAGAACGGCAGGCCUGAGCUCUUCUCGUGUUGCCCAUGCAGCCAUGUUAGAACAGACUGAGUGACUUCUGAUGUUCUCGGUGAGCAGUGCAGUUUACUGUGAAAAUGUUCUCAAUUUGGCAAAAUCAUACUUUGGAACAAUCUCUAAAUGCUGCCCUAAAAAGCUUGUAUACCGAGAUACCCUCCUGCUGCCAUGUUCUGAGUCAGAUUCUCUGAAGCUGACAGCUGCAGGGGAGAUGAUUUGCAACUAGCAAUGCAAUUUUUCUAUAUCUGCUGAUGUUUACCUUUAAAAUUAUAUAUAUAAAUAUAUAUAAAACAGUCUUUGAUUUUUUUUUUUCUUUAAUUCUUGUUCUUCUGUGUGAUGUAAAAUGGAAGUCGUUGCAAAACAAAAUGUAAUUUUGUUAUCUUUGAUUCAGUGGGAUUUCUUUAUUUAAAAA